AUGGAAACUCUCCGAAAACCAUCCCCCGCUUCGUUAUCGGAUCGCGUUUCGGGUCGCGAUGUGCCAGGCACAGUUCAAAUCCAAAGCUCUGCUCGCCACAGUCCCGUCGAAUGUCUCUCAAAACAGAGUAAUAUCAACGGGGCGAAUGCGACGAAGCCAAAGCAGUCUAAGAGCCGUAACGGAUGUGCGACCUGCAAGUUGAAGAGGUUAAAGUGUGACGAAACUAAGCCUAUAUGCCAGCAAUGCCAAAGACGGAAUGUUACUUGCGGGGGCUAUAAAAAGGACUAUAAAUGGAGGUCGUUCGAAGAGUCUAGUUUCACAAAUAAAGCAGCAAAAGGGAAGAAAGUACCCAUAGUCGCACCGCCAGUUACAGAAAAGAAGGAUUUUUUCCCCAUAUCAGCCUCAUCAAGUCCAGAAAAUUCAGCAUGGACAACUGAACUUAAGAAGGCUCGAGCCAGGAUUCCUGUACCGAAGCCUACCGGUCCUAAAUCAUUGGAGAUUAUUUCACAAAGCCCGGCCAACUUUAUUCCGCCGUUUGUUAACCCUCAUGAAAUUCUUGCAGAUAAAUACGAUGGGAAUUCAUUUUCAGCCCCUCCAAAUGUUGCAGUGAAUUCAUCCGAAUCCAAAGAUAACGCACUUUUUGAUACAUAUACAUCAUUCGCUCACGACAAUCUGACAGACCGACAGCCUAAUUUCUCGGCUUAUACCAAGAGCAAUGACAGUGAGAUAGAAGAAAUUGUUCAACAGACUGGUUUUGGAUAUGAUGGAAUGGGCUGGGUUGAUUCUGUAUUGCCACAUAUUAACUCAAGGCCACAAUUAGGCCUCACAAUGGCGCAGGAACCGACUUUAUCACCCGGAAGUUCCGAAAUGCUUCUCAUGAGCUUCGACCGGAGGACAUGUGGCAUAUUAUCCGUGAAAGACGGUGUCUCGGAGAACCCUUGGAGGACGCUGAUAUGGCCUUUGGCAAAGGAAUCACCCGCACUAUAUCACGCUAUCUGCUGUCUUGCAGCCUUUCAUUCCAGUAAAGAGGACGCGCAGCUCCGGUAUACCGGAAUGGACCACAUGCGCCAGAGCAUUCAAUCACUCGCUAGGAAUAUAAGAACUAUGAGAACGGACGCUGCUUUGGCUACCACUCUUGCUCUCACUUUUGCAGAGUCGUGGGACCGACAAGUAUCUAAUGGUAUUCAGCAUCUUCGUGGCGCGAAAAUCCUUGUCAACCAAGCUCUAGAGGACCAACGGCACGUUUCAAUCCGACGUAGUGACUUUGCACGGUUGCGGUUCCUCUACAAUGCCUGGAUUUAUACGACAGUUCUUGCUCGCCUAACCUCGCUUAACGACAGCGGGUUUGAUGAAAUACCAUGGCCUCGUGAGUUAUCGCCUACCGCUUGGGUUCAUGAAAUCGACCCCUUACUCGGCUGUGCGGCUACAUUAUUUCCUCUUAUCAACAAGGUCGCCCACCUUGUGCAGAAAGUCUGUAAAAGCAGAACAAACUCUAUUGCCAUAAUAUCAGAGGCCAUUGAACUGAAAACCUUAGUUGAACAAUGGGAGCCUCCCACGUACUUUGAACCUCCUGAAGAUCCAACAUCGGAUGUCCAACAUAGUUUUCAAACAGCCCAAGCGUACCGUUGGGCAACAUUGUUACAUCUACAUCGUGCUGUUCCGGAAAUACCUUCAGAAUCCGCAAGUGAAUUGGCAAAACGCGUUCUUGUACAAUUAGCAACAGUGCCUCUGAGCUCCCGGACAAUAGUGAUUCAAAUAUAUCCUCUGUUGACUGCGAGCUGCGAAGUCGACAGCGAAGAGGAUAGAAUGUGGGUAAGGGAGCGCUGGGCUGCGAUGCAAGCGAGAUUGAAGAUCGGCAAUAUUGACCGCUGCUUGGAAGUAAUAUAUGAAGUUUGGUCUCGUCGCGAUGACUGUUACCUUGCAGCCCUAAAUGGCCAACGCUUUUCGUUUGUUAGACCAGUGGAUCCCACCAGAAAUGAAAACAUCCAAGGGGAUGCAAUAGAGGAUGGCCUUGAAGGUUUAGGCUUUUUUGAUCCCCAAACAAGGCCAGAGUCGGUAGUGGAAGCACCAAGCAUAGCAUUUGGUUCGCCACCCGCGUCAUUAGCUUCUCCAGUACGAGGCAGGCGGGAAUCCGCCAGUGUGUCCAUGAACUCGGAUUUCGAAAAAACUGUUAGGGGAAGAACUCAUUGGCUGGGAGUGAUGAGGGACUGGGACUGGGAAGUGCUCCUGGGAUAG